GUAGGCGAGCAAAGACACAGCUGCAUAAGUGUGAACCUCACAGCUACUUAGUUAGAAAGUUGUGAAUUUAUCAAUUUGAAGCUCCAGCGUUGUCUCCGUGUGCGGCUCUUUUUCUCCCCGUGAGCCCGGAUAGAGGUGUCUGCUCUGGGGCUGUGGCGGCUCGCUGGAUGAAGUUAACCUGCGCAUGAAUGGCGGGGUUUUAUCUCAUUUCACCUAACGCCUGUGUCCUACGAGAAAGUAAGGUUUUUUGCCCGAGGGAUUUAGCUUAAGCUUGAGCAGUGAGCCUGAGAGCUUGAGGAGGUUUUGGUGCUUUUCUUUUGUCUUCAUUUCACCCUUUCUGGAUAUUAUCAUGACGCCCGACCUCCUGAACUUCAAGAAGGGAUGGAUGUCAAAACUGGACGAAUGCGGAGAGUGGAAGAAACACUGGUUUGUUUUGACUGAUGCUGGCCUGAAGUACUACAGAGACUCCAGUGCAGAGGAGAAAGAUGACGUGGACGGAGAGAUUGACCUAAAAUCCUGUGUGAAAGUGUCUGAGUUUGAUGUGGGGAAGAAUUAUGGCUUUCAGAUACAGACACGGGAGACUGUGUUCACGCUGUCUGCCAUGACAGCAGGGAUCAGGAGGAACUGGAUAGAGGUUUUAAAGAAGUGCGUCCGGCCCAGCAGCUCGCCAGACCUCACACAGUUGCCCGACAGCAGCAGCGACAAAGAAAACUCCCACACUCGCUUUCCACUGUCUUCACGUCGCCCAUCAUCUCGUCACGGCGAAGUUCAGUCAGAAGCGCCGACCUCCGCCCCUCCCUCUCAUCGUACGUUCGACUAUGUUGAGCUGUCCCCCGUUCCCGCCUCUUCCGGCACGCUUCCAGCCAGUCAGAGAGAAGCAGGAGAGGGGCAGGGGAGGGAGCAGAGCCAGUGGCAGGAGGAGAGGACCAGAGACACCACAAACAGCCAGUGGGAGGCUUUGCUGUCCAGGAAGGGCACCGGCGUAGGAAUGAACCUCAAGUCACGCCUGGACGAGGAAAUAGAGAGAAAGUGGGGCGAAAUCGAACGCAUGAAUAUAAAAGAGACGAGCUCCUUAUCAUCACUGGGGAUGCGAUCCAGACAGCCAGCCGAUGAGGCGCUGCAGAGGGAGGUGGCGUCACUGAGGCAGCAGCUGGAGCAACUUCAACAAGGGGGGAGAGGAGGAGUGGGAGUGGGAUUGGGAGGGAGAGGCGGAGGGGGAGUGCGGGGCGGCUGUGGUCCCGAGGCCCCCUGCGGCCGCAGCCUGGCAGCCAUGGAACGCGCUCACCGGCAAGCGCUGGAGGAGCUGCAGAGGCAGCACGAGCGUCAGAUCAAGGAGCUGGAGACGGAGAAGGGCAGGCUGCUGCUGGAGGAGACCCAGGACACAGCACGAGUGAUGGAGGCUUUGAAGAAGAAACACAAAGAAGAACUGGAGAGAGAGGUUGAGAAAGUCAAGAGGCUAAGCAGCGGAGUGCUAGACUCACAGACGUUGCGAGCCCAACAACAGGCAGAGAGUCAGUCCUUACAGAGAGAGCUGGCCGGACUGUCUGAGCGCUACUCUCAGAAGUGUCUGGAGCUAAACCGAGCUGAGCAGAACAACGCUGAGAGAGAGAGGGAGAUCAGCCGCAAGGAGAGAGACCUGGAGCAGCUGAGGAAAGAGAACCAGGAUUUAAAGGCCCGUUUGACGGAAGAGAUCAGCCGUAUACGAUCUACCAUCACAGAUCAGAGCUCAGAGGACAACAAAGUCAGGACGCCCUGUGAAUUAGAGGUCCUUCUCAGGGUGAAAGAAAACGAGAUAGAAUACUUACACAAGGAGAUCAGCUGUUUAAGGAACGAACUGCAGUUUCUUAACACGGAGAAACGGCUGGCCUGUGAGCGAUAUACAGAAGUGAAUGAGGAGCUGAGUGGGAUGAAGGGCCGGAGCGAGCGGGAGAUCCAAAGUCUAAAGGAACACUUGAGGCUGGCUAUGGCUGCUCUGCAGGAGGGGCAAAAGCUGGGUAACAGCCUGGACCACUGAAAGCCUGCUGCUGGUACUAAUGCUCUGGCAGACACAGUUACAGGUGUGGACUGAUGUAAAACAGGCGAUGAAAUGGCAUGAAAAGUCAUCAACUCAGCAACUUUCCCCAUGGAGAUUUUCAGAAGCAGACAUUGGUUGGAGUUUGUAUUUCAGUUCAGUUUUUUUUUCAUUCUCUGUGUAUUUUGUUUUCCAGGUAUGUCUACACCACAUUGACUGAAUCAAAGACUU